UGGGGCGCGCGUGCGCAGGUACACUGGCCAAACGACCGGCAGAAUGGACGCACUACAACCAACGCGGACUCUGUGUAUUUUCGCGCUAUUUUUAAUUAUCUGUGCAGCGUCUGCGCACAGUGUACCAAAACAUGACCAUGUGGAAGAUGAAAGAAUUGAAGUAUACGAUGGUGUUUUUGUGAAUAUACCCAAGGACAAUAGCACCGGGAGGAUGUUGUCUAUUGAUGUGGAUACUGAAGUGGCUGAAGGUCGAGGUAAGAAGAAAAACAUGAUGCAGAAAAUUAUACCGAUGUUCAUCCUGCCGUUUAUCCUGCAAUCAUCCCUCAUGCCACUGGUCCUAGGCAUGCUCAAGUUUAUGCUCAUCAAAUCAUUCCUUGUCGGAAAAUUAGCUCUCACGCUAAUUAUGAUCAAUGCAUUUAAAAAUCAUAAUUCCUUCAAAGGACGAGAUGCGGAAGCAGCCAGUGAACAUUACGGUUACCACGAAAAUGGACUAGAACCUAUUGCGACGUAUUUAAAUUGAUAUCAAUCGAUUUUCAACUCUGUGACUUGAUUUGAUGAUUCAUUAUCGAAGGACGCUCUUAAAAGGAGAUCGGUUUAUUGUUUUCUACCUGUAAAUAUUAACACGACUUUUUUGUAAUAAUUCUUUACGCUG